AUGGAUAGUGAUACAUAUAUAUUGGUUGGUCGUAGAGAUGGCGGUGCAAAUUUGAUAAAUUUAAGAAGCGGCAAUAUAGAGUUGAUUGAUUUCAGAUUCAAUCUAGCUAAUACAUUCAACUCUUUUGCUACGAUUGGUGAAUCUGUCUAUAUAUUCGCUAGUUACUUCCAUCAGAACAGCUUCUUUAGAGUCUCAAUGCGUACAAAAGUCAUUGAUUUCAACGGUGAGUUCAAUAAUGGUGUGAUUGGUGGUCACUGUAUUUCGGUGUGUUACGAUGGUCUUGACCACGUCUACUUGAUCGGUGGUCGUAAAGGAAGUGACAAGCAACAUCUAAACCGAAUAGACAGAUUCAAUUGUAGAACAAACACAUUCGAAAAAUACUUCUAUCAACAACAACAACAACAACAACAGACAACAUCGACAUCAAGCAUCAGUAACAAGAAUACUUCUAGUUUAUUAAGUAGCAAUAGCAGUUACUUUAUCAUCUCUGUAUAUCUUAAUGGUUUGAUCUAUUCUGUACUUGCAAAUGAGAAGAGUAUAUUAAUAUUCAACACACUCGAUCGAUCUAUUUAUAAAUAUCAAUCAGAUCAGUUAUUUGACAAAACAAUAUCUGCAUGUACAGAUAUAAAUAAUAAUAAUAUUAACAAAACUAAUAAUAAUAGCAAUAGUGAUAAUAUAUAUUUACAUUCUAAUGAUGGAAGAUUUAUUCGAUUCAAUGUCAAUAGUAAAGUGAUAACUAAACUCAAUCCUAUUAUCGAACAAAGAGUGGAUGACUUUUUAUCGAUGGUAUUCCACAAUGUGUCAGAGCAUGAGAACAAUAUAUACCUGUUGGGUGGAACACAAUACAAAUAUCACAGAUACUCUGUUGAAAACAAUCAUUCACAAUCUCUACCACUAUUUAACAAUCUUAAUACAAAUAAUAACAAUAACGAUUGCGGUGCUUCAAUAAUAUCAUUUUAA